GGAAGAGUAGGGACCAUGUCAUCGCUAGAUAAGCACACAGAGAAGGUCCUUUUCAGCGACAAAGUAAUCGCUUAUCGUGUAGCUCAGAUCGGAGCCGAGAUUACCUCUCAGUUCUCUACCUCCGGCGACUCAGAGCCGCCCGUUUUCGUCGGCGUAGCCACCGGUGCUUGCCUCUUCUUGGCCGAUCUCGUCAGGCAAAUCCACUUUCCCAUCUCCAUCGAUUUUAUCAGAGCCGAUUCUUAUGGCUCUGGUACUGUCUCCAGUGGAUCUCCCAAAAUCUCUUUUGACUUGAAGCUUGACGUCACGAACAAACACGUCAUCUUGGUUGAGGACAUUGUGGAUACUGGUAAUACGAUCAGUUGCUUGAUCGAGCAUAUGAAACUGAAGAAAGCAUCAUCUGUUUCAGUCUGUACACUUCUCGACAAGCCAGCGAAAAGAAAAGUUCAUUUCGAGCUGGUUGGAGACGGGAAGUUCUAUAGUGGUUUUGAAUGUCCAGAUGAGUUUGUUGUGGGCUAUGGCAUGGACUUUGCAGAGCAGUACCGCCACCUUUCUUACAUUGGCGUAUUGAAGCCUGAAUAUUACAUGAAGUGAAAGUCAGUUCAGUUCAUAUCUAUUAAAAAAAUUACUGGCCAAUCAUGAAAACAUUUGUGACUUGGCCCCUUUAUAUUGUUGUUCAAAGCAGUGAAAUGCAAAGUUAUAAAUUAUAAUACAAUUCGGCAAUGAUUCUUAUGCAAAAGUUGAUGCAGUAAGGUGUGUAAUAUGUUAAGCAAGAGCUUCACAAAAUAUACAUAAAUUUUAUAAACAAUACGAUACAGUGCAUAGACAUUAUAUUCCAAGAAAUAGAUACAAACAAAACAAAUGGUAACAUCCGACCAUAAGGGAUCUGUCUCCCCUCUUUCACUUUGUUACUUCCAGGUGAGCAGAGGAAGAGAGUUCUUGGCCGGAGGAACAACAAGUCCAUCGGAAUCAUACAAGAUAACCCCUGAGAAAUCUGGAAGCUGGCAUUUUCCACCCAUGAGAAUGUUCUUCUGCCACAACGGACCACGUCUCUGAUCCCCACUCAGCAGCAUGCUCGGCUCGCCGUUGUCUAGCUCAUUGUUCAUGAUCAUCAUCGUCAUGUCAUUUUGGAGAUGUAUAACAGGUUCAUGAUCUCUAGAGCCAUAACAGGCAGUCCAACGACGAAGCUUCCUCUUUGAAUGAGAAGCGAAACCUGAAACGCCAACCAAAAGAUGUUUUGCUGCAGCUAAACCCAUUUCAAAAACUGUCUGAGACUGCGUUUUUGAUGGUGGAAUGGGACUAGCCAUUGAUGUGUUAGUUGUAAAAGCCAAGAUUGUUGGUGUUUUUGUUCAAAGGGUUGAGUUGAUAC